UCUGCCUGAAAGGUGCUCCGUCGCCCAAGUGUCCGGGUCCGCUGUCUCUGAAACACAUGGCUUUCCCUGCAGGAUUUGGAUGGGGGGCAGCCACCUCAGCUUAUCAAGUGGAAGGAGGCUGGGAUGCAGAUGGAAAAGGCCCUUGUGUCUGGGACACAUUCACCCAUCAGGGAGGAGAGAGAGUUUUCAAGAACCAGACUGGCGAUGUAGCUUGUGGCAGCUACACUCUGUGGGAGGAAGAUUUGAAAUGUAUCAAACAGCUUGGAUUGACUCAUUACCGCUUCUCUCUUUCCUGGUCACGUCUGUUACCUGAUGGGACGACAGGUUUCAUCAACCAGAAAGGAAUUGACUAUUAUAACAAGAUCAUUGAUGAUUUGUUAACAAAUGGGGUCACACCCAUUGUGACCCUCUACCACUUUGAUUUGCCUCAGGCCUUGGAAGACCAAGGAGGUUGGCUCUCAGAGGUGAUCAUUGAAUCCUUUGACAAAUAUGCUCGGUUUUGCUUCAGUACAUUUGGGGAUCGAGUCAAGCAGUGGAUCACCAUAAAUGAGCCUAAUAUUUUUGCAGUGAUGGCAUAUGAAUUUGGUGUAUUUCCUCCUGGUGUGCCUCACGUUGGAACUAAAGCUUAUCAGGCAGCUCAUAAUUUGAUUAAAGCGCAUGCCAGAUCCUGGCACAGCUAUGAUUCCUUAUUCCGAAAAGAGCAGAAGGGCAUGGUAUCUCUGUCAGUUUUUGCUGGCUGGGUGGAACCAGCAGACCCCGCCUCAGUGUCUGACCAGGAAGCAGUUAAAAGAGCCAUGGCAUUCCAGUUGGACUUCUUUGCUAAACCCUUAUUUAUUGAUGGCGAUUAUCCUGAAGUUGUCAAGUCUCAGGUUGCCCUCAUGAGCAAAAAGCAGGGCUACUCAUCGUCACGGCUUCCAGAAUUUACAGAAGAAGAGAAGAGGAUGAUCAAAGGCACUGCUGAUUUCUUUGCUGUGCAGUAUUACACGACUCGCUUAGUCAAGAACCAGGAGAACAAGAAAGGAGAACUGGGUUUACUCCAGGAUGUGGAGGUUGAAGUUUUUCCAGACCCAUCUUGGAUAAGUUUGAAUUGGGUCUGUGUGGUGCCGUGGGGAAUACGUAAACUACUGAAAUACAUUAAGGAUACGUAUAAUAACCCUGUAAUUUACAUCACUGAGAAUGGGUUUCCCCAGGGUGACCCCACAUCUUUUGAUGACACUCAGCGCUGGGAGUAUUUCAGACAGACAUUUCAGGAACUGUUCAAAGCUAUCCAACUUGACAAAGUCAAUCUUCAAGUAUACUGUGCCUGGUCUCUCCUGGAUAACUUUGAGUGGAACCAGGGAUAUAGCAGCCGGUUUGGUCUCUUCCACGUUGAUUUUGAAGAUGCAGCAAGACCCCGAGUCCCUUACACAUCAGCCAAGGAGUAUGCUAAGAUCAUCCGAAACAAUGGCCUGGAGGGACCUCCAUAGAAAGCACAACUGGGUAAUUUCACCUGGAGAAGGACUCUCUGCCCUCGGAAACGGAAUCUGCUUUGGUGAUCCUGCAGACAUCCUCAGGUUGCUUUGGUAACCAGCGUUUCCUACCAGCUGAUCUGUGAUCAUGAAGUCUGAAUAUGUAGUGCCUGGAAAUUAUUUAAUGAUGGCUUUUACUCUAUUUGUAUUUGAUCGAUGAGGCUUUUGAAAAAGUAGAAAACCACUGCAAUGGAUUUUUGUAUUAAGAAAUCAGAUGGACUUGGUAGCUUCAAUUUAAAUCCUUAGAUUUUUUUUUUCUAGAAAAAGUAAUCCACAAUUUAUAAACAGGGUGUGCUCAUGAUUUGCAGCUCUAAGAACAAAUCGCUUAAUUUAAGAAGGCUUGUUUAUGAAUCUAUUUUUUUUUGUUUACAUCAACUGUUAUUUGCCUUAGCAGGUCCACUGUCCAUAACUUUCUACUAUUUAAUCUAGUAUAGAUAUCAAAAUUAAAAGUUAGUCACAUUAUCAGAGAACUUCAGGAGAGAGUUCUGCAGAGCUGAAAAGAAAAAGAACUGGCAGGGUAUCUGAAAUUGUAUUUGAACAUUUGGAAAACUUAUGAAUAGACUUGAUAGAAUUGAUGAAGCAUUUUAAAAAAUUAAUAAAGGGCACAUUUAAAAAGUCACAUUAUAUCUUUAUACAUUCUGUUCACCAAAGGAGUUAAUUAAUAACCUACUUAAUAAAAUUGAUUGGUUCAUGUGUUUGGCACAUAGCUAUGCAUGAGCAAGUACAUGUCUCUCUUGUCUGAUAAACUUUUGGAAAACAGUAAAUUAAUAACACAAACCAGAAUGCGAAUAGCAAAAGAAGUAUUUGAGCAUUGUCAUUUAACAGCAAUUGGAUUUCUACACUAUUAGUUAGUUAGUUCAGUCACUCAGUAGUGUCCGACUCUGCGACGCCAUGAACUGCAGCAUGCUAGGCUUCCCUGU